AUGGCUGUUUCGAAAUCAACAAACACGUAUAAUCGUCAAAAUUGGGAAGAUUCGGACUUCCCAAUCUUGUGUCAGACGUGUCUUGGUGAUAACCCCUACAUUCGUAUGACUAAAGAGAAAUACGGCAAGGAAUGCAAGAUAUGUGCACGACCCUUCACCGUGUUCCGUUGGUGCCCUGGCGCGAGGAUGCGUUUCAAGAAGACGGAAAUAUGUCAAACAUGUUCUAAACUGAAGAAUGUUUGCCAAACGUGCCUUUUGGAUCUCGAAUACGGAUUACCAAUUCAAGUUCGAGACGCUGCAUUGAAAAUACAAGAUGAUCUACCUCGUAAUGAAGUUAAUAAGGAAUAUUAUAUACAGAAUUUAGAUAGUCAAAUGUCGAAAUUUGAUUCAACGCAGCCAAGCAAUUCUGCUUUGAAGUCGAAAGGAGCCAACGAUUUGUUGCUACGGUUGGCGAGAACCGCGCCAUAUUACAAACGGAAUAGACCCCAUGUAUGCUCAUUCUGGGUGAAAGGGGAGUGCAGACGAGGUGAAGAGUGUCCUUAUCGCCAUGAGAAGCCCACUGACCCUGAUGAUCCACUAGCUGACCAGAACAUCAAGGACAGAUAUUAUGGAGUGAAUGAUCCUGUGGCUGAGAAGUUGAUGCGUCGCGCUGCUGCCAUGCCAGCCCUGCCUCCACCCGAAGACAAGACUGUCACUACUUUAUACAUUGGCAAUCUACCGGAUAAUAUUAGCGAAGAUGAACUUAGAGGUCACUUCUAUCAAUAUGGAGAAAUAAGGUCUUUGACUUUGGUGCCUCGAGCGCAAUGUGCCUUUGUACAAUACACUACGAGAAGCGCUGCAGAGCAUGCUGCCGAAAAGACAUUCAAUAGAUUGGUCAUAGGUGGUAAACGACUUACCAUCAAGUGGGGUAAAUCUCAAGGACGCCAGGGUGGUAACGAGAAGAACGAAACUGCGCCAGUGUUGGAGCCGGUCCCUGGACUGCCCGGCGCUCUGCCGCCACCUCCAGCAUACUUGCACCCGUUCCCGCCUCAGAUGCCACCUCCACCAAAUCGUCCAAACGACUUCUUCAACUUGCAUCAUUAUGGCGGCGGAGGCUGGCCUAGUUGGGGUGCAGGCGUGCCUGGUGUGCCUGGAGUGCCGGGCGUCCCUCCCCCGCCCGCCCCGCUAGCACUCCACUACCCGAGCCAAGAUCCCGCCCGGCUCGGUGCACACGCACAUGCUAACCAACCACAAACAUAG